AUGACUUCCAAUAUUGCUGAGUCACUUAACGCAGCCACUGUGGAAGCUAGAGAAGUACAUGUCACAACACUUUUGGAGUGUUUGCAUGGAUUACUUCAAGAUUGGACAUACACUAAUAGGAAACUAACUCAGAAAACAAUGACAAGAUUGACACCAGCUGCAGAACAAGCACUCACCAACAACUUCGUAUACUCUUUGAAAUUAACUGUAAAGCCAACAAAUGAAUAUUUGUUUGAGGUAUUUAAAGAAGAUAAGUCAUGGAUUAAGGAUGAAAUGCCAUGUGGUCAUGCUCUUGCUGUGAUGAUGGAGAUGAACAUAGACCCCUACGACUAUUGUUCACAUUACUACACAACAAAAGUAUGGUUAGAAACAUACGAUGCAACUGUGUAUCCAGUAGGGAAACAACAACAUUGGGAAUUACCAGACUUUUUCAAAGACAUCAUAGUGUUUCCUCUAUUUGAAAGAGUGAAGGCUGGAAGACCAAAGAAAAGAAGAAUUAUAGCUUCUUGGGAAACUAAAAAGAAGAAAAAGUGUAGCAAGUGUGGACAAAGAGGUCAUAAUAGGAAGACAUGUCGAACCUGA